UUAAAGCUGUCGAAGUCCAUAAUAUCCUCGGGCUGUAAGGGAAUUAUCAAAGCCAAGUUCAACGAAAUGGCUGUACUCAAACCAAGUGAGUGACUCUAUUUCCAAAUGUCAAUAAUGGCUUAUUUGAAGGGUGAUAGAUACCAGAAGCGAUGGAAAGAUAGUCGCAAAUCCCAACAGACGUCGCUGGAAUCUGGAGAAUCCCUCAUAAGCGAGGCUUCAUUCACGUUUAGCUUGGAUAAAGUCAGCAGGCGACUCUACUCAGACUCCGUAGCACAUCAUAUUGGUGCAAUGAAGCAAGCCUGGUGGGGCAGCGCCGUUCCAAGGAUACUGCCUUGAGCCUAUGACAGAUAGUGGGGUCCAACUUGAAGUAUUGGCGCUUCCUAAAAACAUACAUGGAAGAAUCCCAGCUGAACCCGGAGGCGCUGUCGAUGUUGAGAACGUUACACAACUUCGCCGC